GCCUGCUCGUAUGGCUUUGGGCCAGGUUGAAGAUGGCGAGGAAGACACUGAAGCUGAAAUUGCGAAACGAACACCUACCACCUUGCGGGCGUUACGUGACGGUGUGCUGAACAAGCUUGCCGGGGAUGAAAAUGUGUCUCAGAUGGUGAAUGUGACCCUGAAGAACAGCGAGGCCGCUGAACGGGCGAACGAGCUCACCGCGGUGGCACUCGAGCGCCACCAGGAGCAAACCGCGGUGACCAAUGCCCAGCGCGAGCGUGAGCUGGCCCAAAGUCAGGCCAGAUUGGAUCUUGACUCUCAGACGGCCCGUGAAACGAUUGCUUUGAGACGUGAGGAACUUCAGGCCGCAGGCGCUCGUGAGGACAAGAAAGACAAGACCAUCAACGAGCUGAAGUCUUUGAUGGAUUCCGUCCAAAAAAACCUUGCUGACAUGGGGUCAGUCAUCAAGAUGAUUGCCGAGCGAUUCCCUCCGGGCAAUGGGUCCUGAUGAUCCACAAUUUCGAUGAUUCUUCCGUUGGUCACGCGAUAUGACCAACGAUCAUUACAUUCUUAAUUGUGUACUUUGUUUUCUUCAUCCUGAUCUAUGACUACUCUGUUUUGUUUGGUAUUACAUCCUCCUACAUAUUACAUUUGUAUCAUCGAGCCCGUCCAAAAGUUAUGGAUGAUAUUACUUUUGUUAACAUAAAGAUCACUUGUAUUGCUCAUGGUAUUUGCUCAAUGAACAUACCUUCGUAAUCAGCCCCAUG